UGAUCCCGUCGUGCCAGUUCUUGAGGAUCUAUAGACAACGCAACUAUUAGCGAUAAACAUCAUUUUACAGUGAAGGUGUGUUGGACAGGGAAGUACUGUACCACAUACAGGACGACACAUCAGAAAUUUCCGAAUCAUCUAACAUAUUUACCAAAACCGUACGGACAACUCGUUGUUCAUACACAGCUAUACCGGAGUUCCUGACUACUACUUCUGGGACAUUCUGUGCGGGAAUUUUCCAGCCAUGUUUAUUUUAAACAAGACAACUGCAGUGAUAGCACUUACGCUAUCACUUAUCGCAGUACUUGCUUCAAUGGCUGAGGGUCACAAAAAGCACAAGGGCAAGAUGCAGUCUCGCAACGCCUACCACCUGGGACGGCUGCUCUACUGCACCACCCGGCGGAACCCGUUAGAUUACAACGGGUACGGCUGCUGGUGCGGGUUUGGAGGCGGUGGUGAGCCCAUGGACGACGUCGAUAGGUGCUGCAAGGCGCAUGACGAGUGUUACGUGGAAGUGGAGAAGAGUUGCGGUUCCCUGUUCGUGUACAUCGGAAGCUAUGGGUACCGCUGUAAGCGUCGCGAGAUCACGUGUACUUCGAAUUCCUCCUGGUUUUGGUCUCAAAACAGCACCAACAAGUGCAAGAAGGCGCUCUGUAACUGUGACAAGGUGUUUGCCGAGUGCUGUGCGAGGUACCCGUACAACAACGAGAACUACGGGAAGUGCGAUAGCAAUUAGGACUUAUUUAGCCCAUUAGCUAACAUACCUUUGCAACGUAGCUAAGUCUUCGUAGAUGUACAAACAGCAAAUAAAAUAUUCAAGUUACAUACGCAAGUAACUCUAUAUGAUCUAUAUGUGUUGUUUUCUGAAAGUUGAAUCUCUGUGGCAAUGCUAAGAUAAUCAAUAUGCCUUUCUAACAUGUUUUUUUUAAAAAUUCAAUUAACACUUUAGAAUCUGGUGUCCUCGAACAAAAAUUGUAACAACCGCUAUUCCAAUGUCCAAUUUCAAUGAAUUUGAAUUCGGUAUUCGACAUUACCGCGCGCAAUUGAAAUG